AUGCAAGUUUUGGUCGACCAACUUACGGAUACCAUCUCGCAAAAAUGGUAUCAUGAACAGCACGGACAUUUCUUGAAAUCUUUCAAAGAAGCUUUUGAUCGAGUGGAUUCCCAAAUCUUGCAGAAGAAUUCGUCGCAAGAUGGUUCUACCGCUCUCCUGGUUUGGUUUUUAGCUGACACAAUCCGCUUGUACACGGUGAACGUUGGCGACUGCCGUGCGGUCAUGUGUCGUGGUGGCCGCGGUGUAGCUCUGACAAGUGACCACAAACCGGAUCGCCCCGACGAACAGCAGCGAAUCGAGAAAGCGGGUGGCUUCAAGUCGACGUAUUUGGCAGUGUCACGUGCAUUUGGCGACCGAUCCCUGAAGACUCCGACAUCGCUUGUUUCAUGUGAGCCAGAGGUGAAGCGAGUAACAGUGCAAGAUGACGAUCUGUUCCUUGUCUUAGCCUGCGAUGGCGUCUGGGACGUGCUUAGCGAGCAAGAAGCGCGUUGA